CCUUUUGACAUUAGUAGAUCCAAAACAAAUCACGUUCUUCGUUGCUGGCGCUUGGUGCUGUAAUCAACUUAUUUCACGAAAUCCGCAAACGUUUUCACGCCGCUAAAAUGAAAUUAACCGUGAUAAAUCUGUUCAAGAAAAGCGUGAACGGCCACAUCUUUCGUGGAAAAUAUCGGCUAGUGAAGCGCGUAACUCCUCGAUCGGUGGAAACUCUUCGACGCGAAUACGAACAAACGGAGCGCAAUAUGGCUCUACUGUUGAAGCCGUAUCUCACUUUGGAGGAAUCGUCCGGACACGCUAAAGAGCUAAACAAGAAGGAACAAGUGAUCAACAAGUGGCGAGAGCAGCAGCUCAAAAUGAAGCCUCACGUAACGAUUUCCGAGCGACUGGAACAUCUAAAUGUGAAGAACGUUUGGGAUUGAGAUGGGUAUAUCUUCAAUAGCUUAACAGAAGGUUAGUUCCCUUGUUUAACGUUCCAGGUGAACGACAUUUAUUUAGGCUUCCGUAUGUACAUAGCAAAUAAAUACAAAUUCAACGUAA